AUGCCCGUCGCAUACUCUGCGCGCAGAGUCCCUCCGCCAAGUGUACAAUAUUAUGCCGCUCCCUCGUCCAGCUCCUCGGUACAACAGACUCUGCCGUAUAGGCGCGUGAGUUCCGGAAGGGGACAACAUCGGAGAGCGCAGUCUUCGCAGGGAACUGUACAAUUACCGCCUCAGAACCAUGUCGCGCAUGGAGUGGCUACUGGAUCUAUUGGAGCUGGCUUUGGGCCUUAUGCUCACGAUCCAUAUUCGCAACAUGGUCCACAAGCAAUGUACUACAGCCCACGACAAUCCUACGCCCGAUCAUACGCACCCUCACGAUACAGCUAUGCCCCGACAGCCCAACAACCGCCCGAACCCGAAGAGCCGAUGGUGGAAGAAAAGCCGGCACCACACCCGACGACGGCCACCGUCCCCGCGUACAUGUGGGACGCCAAAGACCCGGAACUCGACGACGCGAUGCACAACCCCGAUCCGCGGAUCGACGCCGCGCUCGACAGACGGUUACGGCUGUUUUCCAGCCGAGGAUGGAUGAACGCCAGCGCUAUGAUCAUUAUCCUUUUGGGAUUGCUCAUGCUAUUUGCGGGGUACCCGAUUAUUGCCUUUGGCCCGCUCGCGAGCAUCAACGCGGAGAAGGCCGCCGCGGCAGCGAGCAAUGCGACGGGGAAUAUUCCGAUUCCGAGUUUGGUGGACAAGGAUACGCCUAGUAGUGCGCUUACGAGGACGGGGUCGGAUGGGAAGAAGUACAAACUCGUGUUUUCGGACGAGUUCGAGACGCCCGGCAGGUCGUUCUACCCUGGCGAUGAUCCGUACUGGCAGGCUGUCGACUUCCAUUACUGGCCUACCGGUGAUCUUGAGUGGUAUGACCCGAAAGCGGCGACCACAGCAGACGGCAAGCUGGUCAUUACUAUGACGCAGGAGAACAUACAUGGGCUGAACUACUCGAGUGCGAUGCUACAGAGUUGGAAUCAGUUCUGUUUUACCACGGGCUACUUCGAGGUUUCCAUCAGUAUGCCGGGAUCUGCCAGAGAAGUCGGUUUUUGGCCAGGAGCGUGGAGUAUGGGCAACCUGGGUCGCGCAGGAUAUGGUGCAACGACGGAAGGAACUUGGCCUUACAGUUAUGACGCAUGCGAUCUCGGGACAUUCCCUAAUCAGACAUACCACAAUGGUACACCAACGGCUGACGCAACAGGCGGCAUCGGGGGUAGCGAGCUCUCCUUCCUUCCCGGACAACGUCUCUCGUCAUGUACAUGCGAAGGCUCCGAUCACCCCGGUCCCGACGUCACUGUAGGCCGCAACGCCCCCGAGAUUGAUAUCGUCGAAGCGCGUAUCGACACGACAGUCUACGUCGGCCAAGCCUCCCAGUCCCUACAAACCGCACCAUUCAACUACCAAUACCAAUUCCCGAACGCCUCCGCCAUACAGAGCAUAACCAACACCAGCCGGACCGUCCUGAACACGUAUAAGGGAGGGAACAGUCAACAGGCGUUGAGCGCGCAGAGUUACUUCAAUACCGGGAGUUAUGGUGGGAAUGCGUAUAGCACUUACGCGUAUGAGUGGUGGUCGGAUCCCGAUAGUAGGAAUGAUGGGUAUGUGCAGUGGUAUGUGGAAGGAGAUAAGACCUGGAAGGUCGAUGCGAGCUCGCUGGCGGGGGACGAUAUCACCCUCAUCUCGAACAGGCUGAUCCCGGAGGAGCCGAUGAGCAUGAUUCUGAACUUUGGCAUGGCUCCGUCGUUCCAGGAGCAGGACUUCACGACGUUACAGUUCCCAAGCCAGAUGUUCAUCGAGUACGUGCGCGUGUAUCAGCGCGAGGACGUCGCGGGUGGAGACUCGAUCAGCUGUAGCCCACCGUCACAUCCCACGGCGGACUAUAUCGCCAGUCAUCCGGAGGCAUACCAGAACCCUAACUUCACGACAUGGGCCCAAGCAGGUUAUACCUUCCCGCGCAACCGCUUGUUCGACGGAUGCUAG